AUGGAGAAUCUGAUACAAUUGGUGAACAAAAUACAAAGAGCUUGCACUGCACUCGGCGAUCACGGCGAAGAGAGCGCUUUGCCUACUCUCUGGGAUGCUCUUCCUUCCAUCGCAGUCGUCGGAGGACAGAGUUCUGGAAAAUCUUCAGUGUUGGAGAGUAUUGUUGGAAAGGAUUUUUUACCUCGUGGAUCUGGGAUUGUUACUCGGCGUCCUCUUGUUUUGCAGCUUCACAAGAUUGAUGAAGGGAGAGAAUAUGCUGAGUUUAUGCAUGCUCCAAGGAAGAGAUUUACUGAUUUUGCUGCUGUUAGGCAGGAGAUCGCUGAUGAGACUGAUCGAGAAACAGGUCGCUCAAAGGGUAUUUCGUCUGUUCCCAUCCAUCUGAGUAUCUAUUCCCCUCAUGUUGUCAAUUUGACACUAGUUGAUCUUCCUGGACUAACUAAAGUCGCAGUUGAGGGUCAACCAGAUAGCAUUGUGCAAGAUAUUGAAAAUAUGGUCCGGGCCUUUAUCGAAAAGCCGAAUUGCAUCAUUUUGGCAAUAUCUCCUGCUAAUCAAGAUCUUGCUACCUCAGAUGCAAUUAAGAUUUCCCGUGAAGUAGAUCCUAAAGGGGAUAGGACGUUUGGAGUUUUGACAAAGAUUGAUCUUAUGGAUAAGGGUACUGAUGCAUCAGAAAUCCUUGAAGGGAAAUCAUAUAAGCUAAAUUUUCCUUGGAUUGGUGUUGUUAAUCGCUCCCAAGCUGAUAUUAACAAAAAUGUUGAUAUGAUUGCUGCUCGGCGUAGAGAGAAUGAGUAUUUUGCUACUACCCCGGAAUAUAAACAUCUAGCUCCUAGAAUGGGCUCUGUGCAUCUAGGAAAGGUUCUAUCUAAGCAUUUGGAAACUGUCAUCAAAUCUCGGAUCCCAGGCCUUCAAUCGCUUAUUAACAAGACUAUUAUUGAAUUGGAGGCAGAAAUGAACCGGAUUGGAAAACCUAUUGCUGCUGAUACUGGAGGGAAGUUGUACAUGAUAAUGGAAAUAUGUCGGAAUUUUGAUCAGACUUUUAAAGAUCGUCUGGAUGGCAUACGGUCUGGUGGUGAGAAAAUCUAUCAAGUUUUUGAUAAUCAAUUUCCAGCAGCUCUAAAGAGACUGCAGUUUGACAAACAUCUAUCAAUGGACAAUGUAAGAAAACUAAUAACUGAAGCAGACGGGUAUCAACCUCAUCUUAUCGCUCCUGAGCAAGGAUAUCGCCGUCUUAUUGAAUCUUGCUUAGUAUCUAUUAGAGUGCCUGCUGAAGCAGCUGUUGACGCGGUUCAUGGAAUUUUGAAGGAUUUGAUUCACAAGUCUAUGAAUGAGACAAUGGAAUUAAAGCAGUACCCGACCUUGAAAGCAGAACUCGGAAAUGCAGCUAUUGAAUCAUUGGAGAGGAUGAGAGAUGAAAGUAAGAAAGCAACACUGUUGUUGGUAGACAUGGAAUAUGGUUAUUUGACAGUUGAAUUUUUUCGCAAACUUCCCCAAGACGCAGAGAAGGGUGGAAAUCCAACUCACUCAAUUUUUGACAGAUAUAACGAUGCUUAUCUUCGUCGAAUUGCUACCACAGUCUUGUCAUAUGUGAACAUGGUAUGUAGUACUCUCAGGCACACCAUUCCCAAGUCCGUAGUUUAUUGUCAAGUGCGUGAAGCUAAGCGCAGCUUACUCGAUCAUUUCUUUACAGAUUUAGGGAAAAAGGAGGGGAAACAACUAGCUUCAUUGCUGAAUGAGGAUCCGGCAGUGAUGCAGCGUCGAACCUCACUUGCAAAGAGGCUUGAGUUAUACAGAAGUGCACAGUCAGAAAUCGAAGCAGUUGCAUGGGAUAAGUAG